AUGACAUUUUACCCAACCAUGGAAGAAUUUACAGAUUUCUACAAAUGUAUUGCUUACAUGGAGUCCCAAGGUGCACACCGAGCUGGCCUAGCCAAGGUCAUUCCACCCAAGGAGUGGAAAGCCAGACAGACCUAUGCUAACAUCAAUGACAUCUCAAUAGCCGCUCCCCUCCAGCAGGGGCCUCUGGAAGGGCAGGUGGAUGGCUCUUUGUCUGAUGAAAACACUAAGCAAUGGAACCUUGGGCACCUGGGAACCAUUCUGGACCUACUGGAGCAGGAAUUCGGAGUUGUCAUCCAAGGCGUCAACACUCCCUACCUCUACUUUGGCAUGUGGAAGACCACCUUUGCCUGGCACACGGAGGACAUGGACCUUUACAGCAUCAACUACCUGCACUUCGGGGAGCCCAAAACAUGGCACACGGUGCCCCCAGAACAUGGCCAACGCCUGGAAUGCCUGGCCCGGGUGCUGUUCCCUGCCAGUUCCCGGGGCUGUGAGGCCUUCCUGAGGCACAAGGUGGCCCUCAUCUCGCCCACUGUCCUCAAGGACAAUGGGAUCCCCUUCAGUCGCGUGACUCAGAAGACUGGAGAGUUCAUGAUGACGUUUCCCUACGGCUACCAUGCUGGCUUCAACCAUGGCUUCAACUGCAUGGAAGCCAUCAAUUUCAUGACCAUGCCUUGGAUCAUAUACAACAAAGUGGCCUUUCGGUGCAGGUGGAAAACCAGGGUGACCUUUUCCUUGGAUGCCUUUGUGCUCAUCCUACUACCCGAGCACUGUGAGCUGUGGAAAUGAGGAUAAGGCCAGAUCCUUUGGACCCCACUGAGCCUGGGAUAUCAGCCAGUCAGCAGCUCAGCACCUAGAGUCAGGGUAGGAAGACUCAGGAUGGGUCGCCUGGCCAGAAGCAAAUAUCUCCUUCGGCAUGAUAGAUGACUCCCAGUGCUACCCCUGCGUUUCCUGGAACCAUGUAUUCUGGCUCUGAGAGGAACAGAAUCAUGUUUAGAGCAAUUGACACUCUCAUACAUUGCUUGUAAAAUCAUACUACCCCUUUGAAAAGG